AUGAAAUAAAUUUCUUGCCCAAAGCAUGAAGGAUCAUUUCUUCUUUAUCUUAAUAUAGGAAGGGAAAAAGUCGAGUAUAUGUGUGACAUAUGCUAUUAGGAACUCGAGUAUAUAACUCCACAUUUGAAUCCUAUAAAUAUAAUACAUAUCAAGACUGUAGGAUUUCAUAAAUUAUUUUUAUAGUUAUUUCAGUAACCUGAACAUUUGAUAUCUAAGCUAAAUAUUAAAAGUUCUCUGAAACAGUUUUUUACUUUUAUGGAGAAAUUUAAUGAUAAAACCAUUGUUAAUAUUUUUGAUGAUUUCAAUAAUAUUUUGAAAGACUUAUAAAAGCUUCUUUUAAAAGUGUAAUAAGAGUUAGAAUAUGAUUCCAAAAAUAUUUCAGAAAUGAAAUAGAAAAUUAGAAACUAAUUAAAUGACGUAUUAAUUUGGACAAUUUUAGGUCUUUAAGCUUGAUUCUUUUAAACAAUAAAUUCUGAAACUUUAAUAAUUAGAGGAUUCAGUUAAUUAUUCAACUAUUAAAGAAAAUGAAUAGGAUUUAUAUUAGCACCUAUAAGACCUUACAAGAAAUAAUUCUGAAGAAUUGAAUAAAAUUUUAAUGGAAAUUCUAAGUGGUGUUAAACAACAACUCUCAAUAGAAAAUUAAUAAGAUUAUCCCUAAUACAAAAAUUUAUUAAAAUUCAUAAAAUUGUAUGAUUACGAAUAAUUAAAUUUUCUUAAUAAAAUUGUUUUGCUAUAGAAUGAAUAAAAGUUGUUGACAUUGUAUUCAAAAUAAAAAUUACUCAAUUUUAUUCAACAUAAAUAAAAUUACACCAAAAAAAUAAGCCUUUAACAAAUUUAUUUAGAUACUAGAGAUGGAUUAAAUAUAUAAACUUUUUGGAAAAAAGCAGAUAAGAAAAAAGAUUUAUUAAUGAUUUUUGCAUCUAAAAGUGGAUACAUAUUUGGUGGUUAUUCACCUUGUCUUUCGGAUAAAUCUAAAGGAACUUAUGUUGCAGAUCAUUAAUUAUCUUCAUUUUUAUUCUCAGAGACAUAUGAUGAAAUAUAUCCUAUAAAAUUAGGAUAACGAUCGAACGCCAUUUAUUGUAGUGAAUCAUACGGACCCAUUUUCGGAAGUGGCCACGAUUUAUUUAUUGGAGCGGAUUUUCAAACAGGUAGCUCUAUUUAAAAAUCUUAUGAUUUUGGAAAUUCAUAACUAGAGACACAGAUCUUUGGUUACUCAAUUCCAAAUAUCAAAGAAUUUGAGAUUUUUUAGGUGCAGUUUGAUUGA